GACUAAUUCAUAUUCGGUUCGAAGAGUGAACAAAGGUACACGGCGCCCCCGUUUCCUAACCCUGGUAAUCGAUUUUGGCCCGGACCAAUCUGCAUGUUUGGUUAUCUAGUUUUGGGGUUCCCAUCACAUCUGAUGGGCCGAGGAGCUGGAAAUUGAAACAACUUGCAGCUGCAGAUGGCUUGUAAUGGCGUUUUCGUACAUCAGGGUUGAACCGCCCAAACAUUAAUUCACUGGUCGCGUCUCUUGGGUAUCGUUCACCUUCAAUCGUCGUGCUUGUAUAAAGUCGCUCGAGCUCCCUCUUCUGUCAAUUUCCUCUUUUCUUCCCUAUCCCCUCCCAGUCGACAUCGAUCCAUUUUUUCAACCACAACAAUGGAGAAGGAACAUUACAACGUCGACGAGUCCUCGUCGCCUGAUUAUAACGGGAACCAUGCUCGUGCUCAAUAUGUCGACCCUGUUACUGGUCAUGCAACAAAGUCUGCUGGUUUGCAAGAAGCCGGUGAGCUUUAUGGAAACAUUGAAACUGCUGAAGAAUAUGGUUACGUUUCUCGAGGAUUGAAAUCGAGACAUAUUCAAUUCAUUGCGCUUGGUGGUACUAUUGGUACCGGUCUCUUUUUGGGUAUUGGAAGUGCUCUUACAAGAGCCGGCCCUCUCUCGAUGCUCUUAGGUUAUAGUAUCACCGGUAUUGCCAUCUUUGCCAUGAUGCAGUGCUUGGGUGAGAUGGCUACAUGGCUACCUCUGCCUGGAGCUAUCCCACAAUUUGCUGCCCGUUAUGUUGAUGAUGCGCUUGGAUUUGCUGUCGGAUGGAAUAACUGGUAUUCUGCCGCGAUUACCCUGUGUGCGGAAAUUUCAGCUGCUGCUGUCGUCAUUCAAUACUGGCCGGGAGCAGUGCAUAUCAAUGUCGCCGCAUGGAUUAGUUUAAUUAUCGUUCUCGUUAUCUGCCUCAACAUAUUCGCCGUGUCCAUCUAUGGAGAGGCCGAGUUUAUCUUUUCCAGCAUCAAAAUCAUUACAAUUGUGGGACUUUUGAUCAUGGCAUUUAUUGUAGAUCUCGGAGGAAACCCUAAGCAUGAUCGCCUGGGUUUCCGUUACUGGAAACAUGGACAGUUCAUGUUGCAAUACGACUCCACUGGGGAUACAGGUCGAUUCCUGGGUCUCUUCUCGACUCUCGUCAACGCCGCCUUCUCGUAUGGUGGUGUUGAGUUAGUCGCUGUAGCCGCUGGCGAAGCCGAGAAUCCACGCAAGAACAUCCCAAAGGCUGUCCGCAGAGUUUUCUGGAGAAUUUUGUUCUUUUAUGUUCUUGGAUCAUUGGCUAUUGGUGUUCUUGUUUCCUCCAGCGAUGAACAUUUGCUCAAGGCUCAAGAUGAUGGUGCCGCAGGUGCUGCUCAAUCACCAUGGGUUAUUGGUAUCCAAAACGCCGGUAUUCCAAUAUUGCCAUCGAUUAUCAACGCAGUUAUCUUAACUUCCGCUACUUCAUCCGCCAAUGCCUUUUUGUAUACCGGAUCUCGUUACUUGUUCGCCCUUGCCCAGAACAAACAAGCUCCAAAAUUCCUUCUCCGAUGCAGCAAGACAGGUGUUCCAUACUGGGCUGUUUUGUGCACAGCUUCUAUCUCGCUCAUCACAUUUUUGUCAGUUGGUUCCGGUGGUGCUGCGACAGCUUUCACGUGGUUUCAAAAUUUGACUACCAUUGCCUCGCUUUUCACCUGGUGCUCCAUUUGUGUCGCCUACAUCAAAUUUCACAGCGCGUUGGCAGCUCAAGGGGUCGAUAGAAACACCCUUGUCUUCAAGAGUAGAUUCCAGCCAUACACAGCCUGGAUCUCUUUGGGUUUCUUCGUCAUGAUCAUUCUGUUCAAUGGAUUUGAUGUCUUCGUUGGUGAGAACCACUCUCACUGGGAUGUUACCAGUUUCCUCACCGCAUACAUUGGAAUUCCAAUCUUCUUUUUGCUUUACGGAUUCUGGAAGAUUUUCAAGCGCACCAAAUGGAUCCCUUCAGCCGAUGCCGAUAUCUACACUGGUAAGGCAGCCUUGGAUGCAGAGGAUGGACAAUGGCCAGAUCAAAAACCAAGAAACAUCUGGGAGAAGAUCUGGUUCUGGAUUGCGUAGAGGAGGAUUCGUCCGUAGUUUGUUUUACACUUCGUGUACUUUGUUUGGUGGAUCAUAUACCCAUUUGGGCUCGGAUCUCAUUCGUUAAGAUCUAGCUACAUACCCCAAAGAUAUCCUGGUAAUUAAGGAAGA